UGAAUAUGGCGGCUGUGUGUCAGCCUCACUGUCCUGCACAUUUCCAAGUCUGAGCUCAACCUCUUCAGUGACGUCACUACCGAGUGGCCUGGUCCUUAGACCUGUCAGAACUGCAGCCAUGCAGCCCCCUCCUCGGACCGGCCCCCCAGGCGCAUCCGGCACCCCUCCUGCCGGCGGUGGGCCCAACGCCUUCCGGAGGACGAGGCCCCACAAGCAAACAGGAGCAGUGGCCAUGGCAGGACUACCUGCCCAGCCCAUGACAGACCCCUUCGCAUUUGGCAGGCAAGCCCCUAUGGCUACAGGUGGUCACCCGCCGCCACCCAAUAGCAGCCCUCUGCCUAUGCAAGCCCCGCCUCCUGGUAUGUACCACCAGGCUGGCAUGGGUCAGGGGCUGCACCAACCACAACUACUGGAUGGUGCACAGGCUGGGGCUGUGCCCAUCGGCCCACCACAGCCCUCUACCCCAGUGGUAAGCCUCUUAACCCCUCACAGUACUGUGUCCCCUGUACCUUUCCCUAGACAGCUACCUGGCCCCCCAGGCCAUGCACCACCCAGUGCAGAGCAGGGCUAUUUUAACUCUAGGGAGCCAGCACCCUCGAUGACCCCAGGGCCCCUUCCCAUGGCCUCAGCCCCUAUGUCUGGCCAAGCGCCUUAUGGCCAGGACCACGGAGGAGACCAUCCCCCUCAGGCGAUGCCCUUUAAGCCUGUGCCUCCCGUUUUGUCUCAGUGGGUGCCCGACCAUGGGAGCCGCCCCCCGUCGGUUCAGAACUAUUUCCAACCCACUAGUGAUCCUCUACCCCAGGCUUAUAACGCCCCUCCCCAGUCCCAGAUACCUCCACACACACCCUCGCCCCACAGCACCCCUCCAACACACCCCCAGCAGCAACCACCUCCUCAGCACCCAGACAGGCCAACUAGCUCCCAAUGGCCCGACCUGGCAGGUGCAAACGCACCCCAGCAACACAACUCCACUUUUCAGGCUCAGACCUACUUCAGCCAGAGCUCAGCCUCCCAGGACUCCUGGUUCAACCAGCACCCCCAGGACCUGGCCUACCACCAGAUGGGAGCUGGCCCUGGCCUGGCUCGGCCAGACUCAGCCAGAUCUCACUAUCGGCCCGACUCGGCCGGGUCUCACCAUGGAUCCCACCAUGGCUCUUACCAUGGAUCAACCCCUGGCCCAGUGCCGGUCCCCUUCGUCCCAGACGGCACCAUCUCCAUGUUCUUCAAAGGAAACGACGUGGAGAACGAGGAGACCCUUGCCGGCGAGGGAGGCAGAGCAGUGAAUGGGCUCCAGGACUUUCAGCCCUCCCAUAAUCACCAGCAGAUGUCUUCCCCUCAACCCCAAGCCAACCUGGUGGCUCGUGCAGAGGCCACCCACUGUGGGCCCCCCCCACAAGCUGGCCAAUCGUUAACCUACAUGAACGAUGGUAACGUUCCUGGAGCUGGCAAACCCGUCCAGCAGAAACCCGUUGAGGCCCAGUUUGACCAUGUGGAGAACCUGGAGUGUGUGCCCAACCAGGAGGUCCUACCUAGCGAGCCCCAGAGCAGCCCUGCUGCAGCACCCACCCAUGGGGGAGAUUGCUAUGAGGCAGGCCCCAAUCUGGAGACCCCCGACUCUGUACCCCGGCCCAUACGCUCUGCCAGCGUGUCCUCUAGCUACAGCAACUUGAGCCACGGCAGCGGUACUGGUACAGUUCCACGCAAGCACCAAGGAGUGGUAGGCACCUUCAUCCAACAGGAGAGCCCUCGGCCCUCAGAGGACGCACUCUCCUCAGCCGCUGCCGGAGGCUACUUUGAGCAGAUUGACACCUCUCCGGCCGGGGAUAUGGCCGCUGCUUACCAGAGCAUCCCGGAGAGAAUGUGCCACAGCCAGCCCCCCACACCCAGUCCUCCCAAACCCACCGGCAUUUUCCAGGCCAGCGCCAACUCCUCCUUUGAGCCUGUGCGCUCACACAGUGUCGCAGUGCGCCCAGCGGAGGUGGACCGUGCCCGGAUGGUGGCAGAGAGGGGCUCUGAUUCACUGCCUGGGAACCAGGAGCAGCCUCCAGACAACCUGGAGAAUAUUUACGGAGCAGCUACAGGGCACACUCAAGCUGGGAAUGGAGCUGGGGCACCUCCUCUUGCAUACCCUCUGAGUCACUCCCACUCCAGGCCCUCGUCCCGGGCUCAUGUGGCCCACCGGCCCUGUGAGAGCCCUGCCACCACCCUGUGGGCCCAGCACGACCCCGCUAGCCUGGGAACCAACAUUCUGCUGAUCCCCGCUGCCCCUCCGGUCCUUGCCCCACUGCGAGAGCCCAGUGCCGAGGUCAUCCAGCCCCCCGAGGAUGUCCUCCUGGACCUUCAGCCUCCUCAACGCGCCCCUCCACCCUCCCAGCACCCCUCGGAGAACCUGGAGAACCCUCCUAAGGUGAGUGAGGGGGAGCCGUCCGACCCACAGCCCAAUCUGGGCUAUGCCUCUCUCCUGGUGUCUGAAUCUCUCCACCGGCCUGUGCUGAUUGCCCCACCCACCUCCAAUUACAGCGUGAUUCCUCCCAGUAACCCUGCACUCGCAGCCAAUCAGAUCAGCCCCAGGGAGGCCACCCUACCUGUGAGACCGCCCUCGCAGGCUCAAGGGGCCAGUGCCGCACAGCCCGGUCCUCCCCUGAGCUCCAAUCAGAACCCAUUGUUUGCUCCUACACCAAUGAGCUUCAGCGCCGCCUCUAGUCAGAGCCCCCUCAAUCUGGUUCGGGACGACAGGGAAGGGGUUAAACCAGAGAUCACGCCCCUACCGUCCCAGCCUGCCCGCCCCCCUCUCUCAAAGGGCCAAUCAAUGUGCGGAAACAGCCAUUCUUCUCUACCUGUUAAUUUGCAGGCUCCUCUUCCUGCUGCAUCUGCUGCUCCUGCUGCCGCCAAUUAUAAUCAGCUGUCAAAUUACGAGCUGCUUGAUUUUUCUAUGCACCAAUCUCAGAUCCCAAACCAAGCCACAGGGCUGCCACCUCUCUCCCUCCAGCAGGGCCUGCCCCUGGCGAGUAACGCCCCUGGAUUUUACCUGCAAGUCACCAAAGAUGCUCAGCAGGGGGGUAGAGGCAAUGGGGAUGCCUCCACAGCACAGAUAACUGCCGAACCCAUGCCCCCCCCAGUGGCCCCAAACACUCAACAGCCAUCCAUGGUACCCAACCCCCAGCCUGGGCACCAGGGCCAAGGAGAUGACCCUGCAGCCCCUCUCAGUGGAGCACCACCACCCCAAGGGCAGUACCCACACCUAAUGCAGGGGCCUGCCAGGGGGAAUGCACCCACCCCCUCUGCGGCUUACCCUGGACCUCGGGGACCUGUGCCUCUAGCCAACCCCCCUCCACCAGGAACCGGGGUUCCUCCAGCCCAGCCAGCCCCUACAGACCAACCGCGACCUCCCUCGUCUCUGGGGAGCCAGCAGGGGUACGGCCCCCCUCCUCCAGGGCAGGUGUAUGGGGGAUACUACGGAGGUGCCUACCCAGAGUACCCAGAUGGCAGAGCAUCAUAUCCUCCUGCUCAGUACCCACCUGCACCUGUUGACCCCAGAGCACAGCAGUAUUAUCAGGUACACAUACAGGAUGACCCAUACAUGAGAGCGGACCCUCGCUACAGCAGAUAUGAAGGAGCCAACCCAGCCUACCCCCUAUACAGAGAGCCCCAGCCAGAGAGACCCAGCUCCAGAACCAGCCAGUACUCAGACAGACCCUCCUCCAGGCAAGGUCUCCUUCCCGAAGACUAUCAGAGAGCUAACCGAAGUGCUUAUGAUGACUACUAUGCAGAGUAUUACAAAAACCAGUACGGAGACCGGAGCAGGUGGGAGGGCUACAAUGCUUCAGCAGGCGCUUACGACCCCCGCUACAGAGACUACUAUGACCAGAACUACUGGUACAACUACAACCCUGAGGCCUACCGGGGCAGGGAGGCUGCCUACUACAACCAGCAGCCCACCCAGCAGUACCCUGCCGCCACCGCCAGGCCACAUGGCUAUGACGACCAGUGGCGCUACUAUCCUGGUUACGAUGCCAGUUUUGACGAUGACUACCGGCGGCAGAGGGACCCGUACAGGGACGAUUUUGACAGACGGAGCGUCCACAGCGAACAGUCGGCCCACAGUCUACACAGCUCCCAAAGCCAUCGCAGCCGACGCAGCAGCUUUAGCUCCCGCUCACAACAGAGCGAGGUGUAUAGGUCCCAGCCUGACCUGACAGCGGUUUACGACCCCACUGUGUCUACCCUGCCUGUGGACUACUCCUAUGGACAAUACCCAGAGCAGACGGACCCCGGACAGAGCUUCAGCCAGUACCCCUACACCUCGGGCUACCAGGCAGACGACAGCACCUGGGUUGCCGCUGAGCAGCCUCCUCCUCGUCCCGUUACUCCAGAGAAGUACUCGGUAUCCCACCGCUGUGCCCGCUUCGGGCCAGGGGGUCAGCUGAUCCAGGUCCUGCCCAACCUCCCCUCGGCCGGCCAGCCUGCUCUAGUGGAGAUCCACAACAUGGAGACGAUGCUGCAGGACACACCAGACCAGUCCGAGCUGCGCUCCUUCCCCGGACCGCUUUUGAAGGAGGAGACUCACAAGGUCGACGUGAUAAAGUUCUCCCAGAACAAAGGCCUGGAGUGUGCCCGCAACAACGACCUCCUGGACAAGGACUCGGCUGCCCUCCUCUGGGACUUCAUCGUGCUGCUGUGUAGGCAGAACGGGACCGUGGUUGGGACAGACAUAGCUGAUCUGUUGCUGAAGGAGCAUCGCUCAGUGUGGUUGCCGGGCAAGUCGCCUAAUGAGGCCAACCUGAUUGACUUCAACAACGAGCCACUGGCGCGGGCCGAGGAGGAGCCUGGGACGGGACCACUGUCCCUCCUAUCAGACACCUUCAUGAUUGUCCCCGAGAACGUCGGCAAGGAAACGGAGCGCUUCAGGGAACUGCUGCUAUUUGGUCGCAAGAAGGAUGCCCUGGAGGCAGCCAUGAAGGGAGCUCUGUGGGGCCACGCCCUGUUGUUGGCCAGUAAGAUGGACAGCCGGACACACGCUCGCGUCAUGACCAGGUUUGCGAACAGUCUGCCCAUCAACGACCCUCUGCAGACAGUGUACCAACUGAUGUCUGGGAGGAUGCCCGCCUCAGCUACUUGCUGUGGGGAUGAGAAGUGGGGCGACUGGCGCCCCCAUCUGGCCAUGGUGCUGUCCAACCUGACCCACACUUUGGACCUGGACACACGCACCAUCACCACCAUGGGAGACACUCUGGCUUCCAAGGGGCUAACCGAUGCGGCCCACUUCUGUUACCUGAUGGCCCAGGUUGGUUUGGGGGUGUUCACCAAGAAGAGCACCAAGAUGGUUCUAAUCGGCUCAAACCACAGUCUGUCGUUCUUCCAGUUUGCGUCUAACGAAGCGAUCCAGAGGACGGAGGCCUAUGAGUAUGCCCAGUCUCUGGGCUCCCAGCCCUGCUCCCUGCCCAACUUCCAGGUGUUCAAGCUGAUCUAUGCGUGUCGCCUGGCCGAGGCCGGCCUGUGUGCUCAGGCCUUCCAUUACUGUGAGGUUAUCUCCAGGAGCGUGCUCAUGCAGCCGUCCUACCACUCUCCUGUGUUCACCAGCCAGCUCAUACAGAUGUCUGAGAAGAUGCGAUUCUUCGAUCCACAACUGAAGGAGAAGGCAGAUCAGGAGCUCUUCAACGAGCCAGAGUGGCUGAUUAAUCUGAGACAGCUGGAUGGACAGAUGAGGACUGGGGUGAUUGCAUACAAUGCAGACAGGGCUACUCCUCAGCAGUAUGACUGCAGCACCCCCAGUUCUGAGUUAGACCAGGCCAGCCCGCCUGAGCCAUAUGCUCAGCCUCUGGACAUGGAUGGCCACACCUCCGACAACCCUCUGAUGACAUCACUCAUGCCCGGACCGCCUCCGCAAGGGGUGCAGCUGAUGCCUCCAGCUCCCUCGACUAUCUUCCAGGACGGCAUGGUCUCCCAGCCGCUACCCCCCAACGAGGGGGUCCAGUUCUACCCAGUACCCCCCAGUCUCCCUGCACCACCCGGCCAGAUCCCCCUAUCAGGGUUCCCUCCCCAAGGCUCUGGCUUUGCCCUACCUUACCAACCCCAGCAGCCCCAACCGGACCAGCCUGACAUGUUUGCUGGAGCCCAGCACCAGCAGAUGGUGCCACCACAGCAUCAGCAACAAAUGAUGCCCCUGCAAAUGCAGCAGCCACAGAUGAUGCCCUCUGCCGAUAAUCAGUCGACGGGUCCACCGGAACUACAGCCUCCUCCCAUGUCCACCUCUCCACAGAGGAACACCUUCACGCCUCAGAUGGACUUCUAUGACCAAAUGGCUCACAUGGGCCCAGGAAGAAGAUCCAGGACUACUUCACAGUCCUCAAUGCACAUGCAGCCUCCAGGUCGCCGCUCCCGCACCAUGUCGGAAUCUUCCACACACUCCGGAGGACGAGAGAGGAGCAACUCAGCAGCCAAGCAGUCCUCUCCACCUCCACCCUCCAUCCCUGAGCAGCCCAAGAAGGACUCACCUAAAAAGGGGGGUGGUGGUGGCAGCUGGCUGAACUGGCUCUAUAGGAAGGGGAAGAAUGAGGCCCACCUUCCGGAUGACAAGAACAAAUCUAUUGUCUGGGAUGAGAAGAAACAGAAAUGGGUGAACUUGGAUGAGCCAGAGGAGGAGUACAAGCCCCCUCCUCCUCCUCCCUCGGGCUUCCCUAAGAUGUUGGGACCCAUGCCGGGACAAGGGGGUCCUGGAGGUCCCCCUACUGGUGGGCCGCCUGUCAACAUGUUCUCCAGGAGAGCAGGUACUAAGAGCCGCUACGUGGAUGUCCUGAACCCAGGUGGACCCCGUGCCAAGCCCGGUGGAUCGGCACCUGCCCCGUCAGACUUCUUUGCCCCGUUGGCUCCCAUGCCAGCCAACCUGUUUGUGCCUGGAGCAGAGGAGCAGCAGCCCAUGGAGGGUAAUGUCCCAGAGACGGGAGGGAACCAGGAACAGAGUGACCCUAACCCCAGUGCUGUGCCCCAGGUGCCCCCGACUCCGCAGCCUCCUCCCCAGGGAGCUCCACCCUCUGGAGGCGUGACGUUCUAUGACCCCGCCCAGUUUGCACAGACGAGUACUCCAUCGGGACGGCUUCUGUCUGGCCGGUUGGGCGGUCAGAGGGCAUACCCAGUGCUGAAGUAGACAUCCAGCCUAGUUCAUCCUAAAACAGACUUUAUGGGUUUAACCACCCCCUGUGAAUGACUGAAGCGCGUAGACACCUCGACUCCCUCUCUGAAGGACCCCCCCUUACACCCCAGAUGAGCACUACCAUCAUCGUCAAACGGCUAUACCACUCUUUCACUAAUUAAAACAAAUAUAUGAAAAUGAGUUAAUAAUUAUUUGCAGGCAAGAUUGUCAUAAAGGGCUUUUCAUGUGUCCAUACUGAGUUAGUUGCUGCAAUGGAUCUUAACGUUCUUGAUUAUACUGUAUGUGACAACAUAUUGCCCUCCCCUGACUGUGGGGACAGACAUGCUAGUGUGUUCAGCUCUUAGACAACAUUCCCUCUACACACACGGGGCCUGUUCUGGUCCUAUUUUUAUCUAUUAUGUGUGUCUUUGGCCCCUUUGGUGAGUGUGUUGGUGUGUAAAAUACUAAAAAAUGUGUAGCACUUCGGGAGCUCAACUCACUGUUUAUACUAGUGUAUAUGGCUUCUCAGUGUUCCUGUACAGAUACUGAAGGUAGCGCUGAAGUAUGUGUGUGGAGUAUCAGUAAUGCAAUGCCUGCUGUGUUCCCUCUCCCUCAGUCACCCCUCAUUCAGAUGUGCUCAGGUGUGAGGUGGGGUCCAGCAGAGGAAAUAAGAGCAACUGUCUUGUCACGCCUCGCUACCGCAGGAGUUUAGAAGUUUGAGUGUUAGAAUGUGCUUUUUAGAUAUUUAUAAAAUGUUCCUGCCUACCAACACCUCAUUAUCAUGCACAAAGGUCUUAAGUCUCAGCUAGGCUCCCCCUCUCCCAACUGAGUUUAGAAGCAGGCCUUUAUAGGAACAAGGAGUGAGCUUCCGAAUCGCGGGAUUCAGGGGCCUCAUUUAUAAACUGUGCGUAUAUACAAUAUACCCCAAAAUGUGCAUGCACCAGUUCACGCUCAAGUUGGCAUUUAUAAAAAUCUAACGUGACGUGAGAAUGUGCUCAGCUCCCUGUUUAGACCAUGCGUACGCACAUCUAUUAGUGGUUGAAAUAUUGUAUUGCAAGCUGGCAAGUAAGUAUUUUGUGCAAAUGGAGGAUAUGAUGAAAAGCUUAUUCAUAAAAAAAUUAAAAACAGGACAACAUUAACAUGAAUGCAUCUGUUAGUGAGAAGAUCGAAAAUCUUUAUUUACUCUAAAAUAAUUAGACAUUUGAAUCUAUUUUCAUAACCAUUGCAGAAUAAAUUCCUCACCUUUUCUAGCCGUGACAGGUUCAUAUUCUCAAAGAAGCCAUACAACAAAUUAGCAUGUGCAUCUUUCAUUUAAUUGGACCUAGGAGCCUAGUAAAUAGAUAGGCUAUGUAUUUCAAGAUUUGCAAUCCCAUAGGCAGUUCGGUUUAUAAUAUAGCCUACAGUCUAAUUUAAAAGGUGAACAGUUUAUUUUACAUUUAAGUAGGCCUACUGUAAUAAAAAUAAAUUGGUAGCCUGCCUUAGACAAUGUUUCAGAAUUCACGGCCAGUCCCAUCAUAUUUAGGUGAAAAGUCGAUGCAAAACAUUGUUGAAUUCAAACACAAUUUGCCUUUGUUUUCUCUUUCAGAAACUGUAUUAGAACAUUCUGCCAACACAGUAAAUAGACCGGUAGUUUAUGUAAAAUAUUUGAGAGUAUGGGUAGGAUAUUGUAUUGCUGUGCGAUAGAAGCACGACAUUGUCAAUUUAAUCAGAGCCUAUACUAAAGGCAGGACAUUGUUUCUAUCUAUUGAUAAACAAAAUAUUGAACAAUUUGUAUUUUGCACUGAAGUGUAACGUUUAGCCUACUUUUAAAUUAUAGGCUACAAUCAAUCUUGCAGAAUGCGCAGACAUCAGGCACUUGCUAUAGGCACCAUGCAUGUUUAGUUUGAAAGUAACUGCAAAACAUUCUGCCCACAGAAAUGUGAUCAAAAUUGCAAUUGCUAUUUUAGAUACUGCCAUGGCCUAAUUCCAAAUUAUACAGCAAAUAAAGUGCGUUAUUGUCACCAUAAAAGGUGAAUGGAGGGGUUUUCCAGGCUGAGUUUUAAUGCGCGUACAGUUUUACAACCGGUCCGAUUUAUAACAGGAAACAAACAUGGGUAUAUAGGGUGUGCACCAAAUUUAUAAAUCUAAAUAUUUUUGUACUUGCACUGACUUUUCAGAAAUGGCUCAUGCAGAAAUGUGUGAAAUUUGCACAACAGUUAUAAAUGAGGCCCCAGGACUAUACAUCGGUCAAGUCUCAGAUGACACCCUAUUUCCUAUAUAGUGCACAACUAGGUGGCUUGGGUCAAAAGUAGUGUACUUUAUUGGGAAUAGUCAUGGUGUCAUUUGAGACAACAAUUUUUAAAUGUCAUUAAUCUAUCCAAAUAUUUAUGAUCGAUUGUAUUUAUGAGCUGAAGUCAUGAGCAAAAGUGUGGAGAGCAACUUUUUUUCGCUGAUUUAGCUUUGAAAUGUCAUUAAUAGAUGAUAUAAUACCUGGAUUCACAUUUGUAUCAGCUGCUUCUGCAGAUGAACUAGCCCAUCAUUAAUUAAUCUGUGAAACGAGAGCAAAUUUUACUCAAAAUGCCCUCUUUUUUUUUUUUUUUUUUUUCCAAAAUGCCUUGCUUCCCCUUUUGUGUUCUUGACUUUGUUUCUGUGUUGAACACCCAAUUUAGUUUUUUCCAAAGCUCCCCUUUGUCUGAGAAAAGCUGUUUGUUUUUCCUGUUUUAGAAUUCAACCCUGUAAAAUUCUUGACAAAAAUGGUAAUAAAGAUAUUUUUGCGCUCUUUA